AUGCAGCCGGAUAAGUCUCUUAUUGCAUUAUCGCAGUUUGAAUUAUUAGGCAAUAAAGUACCGAAUUUACCACGAGCAAUCUACAUAUCCGUACCAGCAGUUACCUUAAUCUAUAUAUUGGUUAAUAUUGCGUAUUUCGCAGUUCUUUCACCAGAUGACGUGAUUGAGUCAUCGGCGGUUGCAGUCACAUUUGCUGAAACAAUAUUGGGUCCAUUUGCCAUUUUUAUGCCGUUACUAGUAGCCAUCUCGUGUGUUGGUGGACUCAAUGGAAUACUUUUUGCAGCGAGCAGAAUGUUUUUUGUGGGUGCGAGGAAUGGCCAACUUCCGGUAUUGAUUGCGAUGAUUAAUGUACCUUACGUGACUCCAAUGCCAUCAGUGGUAUUGCUCGGCUUGUUGUCCGUGCUUAUGCUUGUAUCGUCAGACAUCUAUGCAUUGAUCAACUACUUAUCAUUCACAGAGGCUGCUGUAGUGGUUUGCGUUGUUGCGGGCCUUAUUAAACUUCGAAUCACCCAACCUCAACUUCACAGACCAAUCAAGCUGAACUUGGCCAUACCAAUAAUAUUCGUCGUAAUGUGCGUUUUUGUAUUGGUGCUACCUUUUCUCACUAAGCCUAAUGAACUCUUCAUUGGUUUGGCAAUAAUCUCGACUGGUGUUCCCUUUUAUGUGAUAUUCGUCGCAUGGCGUGACAAACCACGGUUCAUUACUGAUCCAUCCAGUUAG